AUGGCGAUAAUGCAGACCAAGGUCGCAACCGCGGCCUCAAUCGGGCUGCGAGCGCUGUCCUACAUUUUCUUGCGAUGGUCUCAGGCGCUGGUGCCUGAGAUCGCCCCUGCCAUCAUAUUCACCCUUUUUGCCAUCUACCUCCCUGCUUUUGUUUCUAGUUACCGCAACGAGGCCAAGUACGAUUUGGUUGACGAGGUAGACGUGGUCGUGACCGAAACCGCUGUGGAGGAUGAGGAUGUUCCCGAAAGCAACAAUGACAGAACCACCAACGGCGAUAGGGAGAUCAUUGCUGAGGAUGUUACCGUCAAGGAAACUCUUUCGCUUGAGGAUCGGCCAGUUAGCGCCUGGAAGACGUUGUUGAGCGGUGCACCCAACCCGCGGAGUUUGGCCCUGUCGCUCGCUACGCUCCUCAUCAACGGCCUCUGCGUUGGUCUAGUCGCCGACCGUCUCUUCCGGGAACGCGCUUACAGCGCUCAUGACCUGUCCUUCGUCAGACUGGGAUAUCUUUCCGACACCGAGGCGAAGUUGGUGAUCCGGGAGCCCGAUCAGACCAAAAUGCCCGUCAGCGUGGAGGUACACCUCAAGGACCCGCACCCGCCGUUCGACAACCCCUUGUGGCAGAAGGCUGGUGGCGUGAAGUGGACGAACAACGAAACGGACUACACCGCGGUUCUGUCCAUUCCCCUGCGGCAUUCACAGAAGCGAACCUACGAGUGGCGUACCUCGAACAACCACUCCGGCGAGUUUACCACGCCUCAGCCUGUCGGCCGCGCCGAGGAGACCAAUGACGGGCCCUUCACCUUCCUGUCGACCUCCUGCAUCGUACCCCGCCUCCCAUACAGCCCGUUCGACCACCCCCUCUCCAUUCCGGGCUUCAAGCACCUCGCCAAGGUCCUCCCCACGCUCAACGCCCAAUUCAUGCUCUUCCUCGGCGACUUCAUCUACGCUGAUGUCCCGCGCUACUGGGACAAAUCGGCCUCCUACUACCGCGAGAAGUACCGCCAAAUCUACGCCUCCCCGGACUGGCCCGCGGUCGGCCAGAACCUCAGCUGGAUCCACGUGAUCGACGACCACGAGAUCGCCAACGACUGGUCCGCCAACUCGACGGGCGUCUACCAGUCCGCCAUCGACCCCUUCCACCACUACCAAGCCGCGGCUAACCCACCCCUAGCCAAAAAGGUCGGCUCGAGCAAGCCCCGCGCGAACACAACCUAUUUCGAGUUCACGCAGGGCCCCGCCAGCUUCUUCCUGCUCGACACGCGCACCUUCCGGUCGCCCAACAACCUGCCCAGCGGCGCGGCCGGCAAGACCAUGCUCGGCGGCGACCAGCUGGCCGACUUCCUCUCGUGGCUGCGGCGGCCGGAGCCCAAGGGCGUCAAGUGGAAGAUCGUCGCCUCGUCCGUGCCCUUCACCAAGAACUGGCCGGUAAACAAGCAGGACACCUGGGGCGGCUUCCUCGAGGAGCGCGCCCGCGUGCUCGAGGCCAUGUGGGACGUCGCCGAUAGCGGCGUUGGUGUUGUCGUGCUCUCCGGCGACCGCCAUGAGUUUGCUGCCACCAAGUUCCCCCCGCCCGAGGAUAGCUAUCGGUGGAAGGAGACGGCUACCGUGUGGGAGUUUUCCGUCAGUCCGUUGAGUCAGUUCUACUCGCCGUUUGGGACGUAUCGGCAGAAGGACCAGGAGGAUGUCAUGGUGAAGUACAUUCAUAAGGGCAACUCCAAGUUCGGGGCCAUCAGUAUUGAGAACCUGGAGGGCGGCGACCAGAGCAGCCUCAAGUACCGACUGUUCAUCGAUGGGGAGGAGACGUGGAAUACGGUUAUUUUGUCUCCGCCUCCUUUGUUUGGCAAGUCUGGCGGUUCGUUUUGGGCUUCCGCUUGGCGUGAGGCUUUGGCAAGGGCCGUCGAGAUUAUGGACAAAGGGCUCAUGGUGGCCAACUUACCUGCCAUGUGGAAGAUUCCCGAAAGUAAAGAGCGCCGCAAUGUUUUGUCAUCCUUUUGGCUCCGUUGUGUAAACCAGCAGACCAUGCAGCGAAACUUUGACACCUUCAAGGUAGGGUCCGAUGGCCAUAAAAGCACCUAUCCUUGGGAGUUCAUCCGGCAUUACAUGUACCACAACGAGCGCACUGACUCGCUGGAUCCGAGCCUUUGGGGUAAUGAGGUGCACAUAACCCCCCCAGCGGUCAACUACCGGUCCAGAAAGGACGGCUUCUGUUUCGUUGAGGGAACUCCCUAUGACAACCCGGAGCCCACGCGGGAGUUGCUCGAGCGCAUAGCAUUCAUCCGGCAGACGCACUACGGAGGCUUCUAUGACUUCAAGCCCGACCUCGCCAUGGCCGACACGGCCUACACCAACCAGGCGCUGUCGCUGCACACGGACAACACGUACUUCACGGACCCGGCCGGGUUGCAGGCCUUCCACAUGCUCUCCCACGAACCCGCAAAGGGCGAGAGCCAUGCCACUGGGGGUGAGUCAGUGCUGCUGGACGGGUUCAACGCGGCGCGGAUCCUGAAGUCGGAAAACCCGGAGGCGUACGACAUCUUGCGCUCGGUCGGGCUCCCAUGGCACUCGAGCGGCAACAAGGGGAUCAAAAUCACGACGGACCUGAAAUACCCCGUCCUUGAGGAGCUCCCCAAUGGGACGCUAUACAGGAUCCGAUGGAACAACGACGAUAGAGGGGUGGUCCCCUUCAGUACCAUCUCCCCGGAGCGGUGGUACGGAGCUGCCCGGAAAUGGCACGAAAUCAUGGAGAGGCCGGAGAUGCAGUACUGGUUCCAGCUAAAGCCCGGCCACGUGUUGAUUUUUGACAACUGGCGUGUGCUCCAUGGCCGGAGUGCGUUCAAAGGGAUAAGGAGGAUCUGCGGAGGAUACAUCAACAGAGACGACUUUAUGUCUCAGUGGGCGAAUACCAACCUCAGCGAGGAAGACAACAUUCAUAGAGUUCUGGGGUAA